ACUGGUAUGCAUUAUGAUCUGCUUAGCUCCCACUCUUCCUUUCUUCACUGCCUUCCUACUUUUAUUACGUUCUUCAUCCCUCUGUCUCUCUCCCUUUUCUAUGCCUCUUCGCUCCCUCUCCCCUCUCUCUCUCUCUCUCUCUCUCCCUCUCUCCCUCUCUCCCAUCCACAACACAGUGUGCUCCCUCCGUACCCAUUUCUGCCGAGUCAUGCUACACCGCUGGUAACGGGCGGCUAAAAGUCACGUGACUGCUGCGCCUCUGACGUCGAACGAUGACAGGCAAAAUUUCCGGCCGCCAUUUGCGAUCCCGUGCAGGGGUCCAGUGCACAUCGUCCCCCAAGGCAGGAUGAAGACAGACAAACGCGAGAAAUAUAGCAAGGCGCCGCUGAGCCCUCCGUCAUCCCUGAUCAGCGAUGACGAACUGGUCACCAUCAGCGUCCGUGACCUCAACAGACAGCUGAAGAUGAGGGGUCUCAGCAGGGAGGAGAUGGUGAAAAUGAAACAACGCAGACGCACGCUCAAAAACAGGGGAUACGCGGCCAGUUGUCGUGUGAAGCGUCUGGAGCAAAAAGACGAACUGGAAACGGAGAAAUCGUCAGAGGAACAGGAGCGCCUGCGUAUGGUGGAGGAUAGUCGCCAGAUGCGCGAGGAGAUCGAGUCGUAUUAUCAGAAAUACGAGGCCAUCAGGAAAUUUGCCCACCUGAAGAAUAUCUUGCUGCCUGUUGAGUUGGACAUUGACGCAAGCAGACUGUAAUCGGAGGGCGAGUAAGCAAUUUCAUUUACGUAUGGUCCAUGCAUAAAUAUGUUGCUCUACAGCAACAAAAUAAUUGUACUUUUUUGCAGUUGCAGCCCCAUUAUAUGUACAUUAUUGAUAGAAUAAAAUAUUUCAUUA